AUGAGAGUUAUUGGAGCGGUCGUGCCUGUCUUGUCAUUAGUUUACGGACGACAGAGCUACAGCGAGUCAUGCUUCUUACCGAUUGACUUGAUGAUCUUGCAGGACACAACUGGAUCAUUCGAUGAUGAUCUUCCGAAUGUGUCAAAGAACAUUCCUGUGAUUGUUGAGAAAGUGUUAGAGCAGAACCCGGGAUCCUGGUUCGGCGCGGCAGAGUUCAAGGACAAGCCAUACAGGGACCUUGGUGAACCAGACGACUUUUGUUACCGCAUCUCUUCGAAGAUGACGCCUGAGGUUGCAGAAUUCCAGAAGGCUUACGAUACGCUUUACGCUAGCGGUGGUGGUGAUAUACCGGAGGCUCAGCUUCACGCUCUGAUCAACGUCGUCUCCGACUCCGCAGUAGGCUGGAGAGCUAUCAAUAAUCAUUUGAAAGAGCCCUCGGAUCAGUUCGCAGCUGCUAGGAUGAUCGUUGUGUCAACUGAUGCCGUACCUCAUGACCCUACGGACUAUGAAAUGUAUAAUGAGGAACCCCUUCCUGAGGAGCCGAGGCCUCCGAUUUUCAUGCCCGCUUUCCCUGAUAGCUUCCACAGUAUCAGUAUUUCGGAUCAGUGUCGCAUAUACGACUACCCUACCAUGGAACAGGCGGCUGCAGUCAUAAAAGCGAACGAUGCACAGGUUGUGUUCCUCGUGCCACAGACCGAAGCUGCUGCUGUAGAGAAAUGGAAGCUCUUCAAUGAGCAGUACUUGGGUCAGCCUACGUCCUUCCUGCAAUUCAUUUCAAGCGACUCCAGCAAUAUUGUGGAAGUUAUUCUGCAAGCGGUAUCAGAGGUGUCGAACUAUAUUUGCUUCGGCACUACUACGCCUGCUCCUGUUACCACUGCUGGUUCUACUGAGACCGCCCCGGCUCCUACUACCACGACCCCGGCUCCUACUACCACGACCCCGGCUCCUACUACCACCCCGCCGGCUCCUGUUGCCACCCCGCCGGCUCCUGUUGCCACCCCGCCGGCUCCUGUUGCCACCCCGCCGGCUCCUGUUGCCACCCCGCCGGCUCCUAUUGCCACCCCGCCGACCCCCCGCUAG